CGAGCCUGAGUGUUCCAGUUACAGCCAUAGACUCCAUGCUAUGGUUGGGACGGUGAGAGGAGAUGUAAACAACCACUGGUGCUGACUGGAGUGUGAGGGAGAUGUAUUCUAGAAAAUACUGCAAGUAAAUAUAAAAUAUAUACAGUACUGUAUAUAUAUUUACUGUACAGUAGUCAGAUAAUGAUUUCAGUGGAGAGCAAGAAUUUAAAAGACAUGAUUAAAAGAACAGUAAUUGAAAGUGAUGGAGACUGUUGUGUAAAUAUGAGUAAUCUCUGAUUUUCUAUUGUGGCAGGGUUCAGGAGUUGUAAUUAGCAGCGAUAAGAAGAUAGAAUACAGUACAUACAGUACUUUUCAGUUCACACAAAAAUAAAAGAUAAUUUUGCUUCUUGCUACCAAACUGUUGAUCAGUCAAUAAAGUUGUGAAGAUGACAACAAUUCAAGGACUCCCUCCUCUACCAAAAAGUCUGAGUGGUCUUAUUAAUUUUGCUGGUAGACGAGAUGGCAGUAGUGGUGGUGGUGGCAGCGGAGGAAGUGGCAGUGGUGUUGGAGUAGAACGAUACAGUCCACCAGUCAAACCUAACACUGAACGUUACAGUCCACCUGUAAGAGCUGAUUCCCGCACUGAAUCACGUAUGGACUCUCGCCCGGAAUCUGCUCGUUCACAUUAUUCUGGAGUGGGGUAUGGUGCCAGUGCAUUUGAACCAUAUUAUGCCAAUGGCUCCAUUCAGGGAUUCUCUCCUCGUUCAUCGCCUAGGAGCCAUUCAACUUCUCCUCGUAACCAGAGUGGAUGCAGUUCAGGAAAUAAAACUCACAGUCCAAGAGGAAGUCCUCCAGUUCCUGGCUCAAUCACUGGAAAUAACCCAAGAUUAAGUCCUGCACAUGGUCCUCCCAGGCAACGCAGACCUUCCACAUUAGAUUCACAAUUGGUUGUGUUGAGAAAGGAGAUGGUUGGUCUGCGUCAGCUAGACAUGUCUCUUCUCUGUCAGCUGUGGUCACUUAAUGAGUCCAUUCAAGAAUUCAAACAGCUGGUAAAUGACCGUGCAGCUACUGGUUUAGACUGGGGUGGUGGAGACACAUCAGCAGAGGAUACAGAUGAUUAUUAUGGCAUUCCAGUACGACGCCCUAACCCUUAUCUUCACCCAGUUCCCGAGCAGUACCCACAGCUGUCUCCAUCCUCCUCAGAAUCCAGCUUGGAGUAUGGGUACGGCACGUUCCGUCGUGGCUGGAAGAUUCUAGUGGUGUGCAGCCGAACAAGAAAAGCAAGCAAGCUGUUACAGCACGACCAAGAACAGUGUUAUAUGUAAUGAGUCCUAAGGAACUUAAACAAGCAGCAAUGGCAGUAUUAGAAAAAGAAACUCCUUCACAAAGUCUUCAAAAUGACAAAACUGCUGAGCAAAUGAAUAAAUCUUGUAGUAAGUGAAAAAUGUUAUUGGCAGAACAACUUUUAAGAAGCUGUACACACUCCAACAUGGCAUCAUUGAACAAGAAACUUUUCAAUCCAUUGAUUCCCAAGUGAUAUGUUAAAUUCCAUACUUUUAGGUGUUUUUAAAUGAUUUGGGUACUGUAUUACGCAAUGAUAUUCAUUUGUGCAAUACUGUACAUAACUUUUACAAAUAAAAUCAGUGAGAACC